GAUACGGUGGAUUGGAGAGAUCUGUUGCGAAGUUCUACCUUAGUUCAGAACAUGUCCCGCUUACCAGUCAUCUCAAGCAAAAGGGUCCUUACAAGCAGCAGCAGCAGCUCAGAGAACGGCCAAGAUGUUGCACCAGCUUCGAAGAAGAUUCGGAAGGACCCAGAGCCUUUCAAACCACAUGCAGCAGCUACAAUCAUGGGUUGCAAGCGACCGCCUGUUGCAUCAACCAGGGCGCCAGUUUCUAAGUCGGUCAGAGGUGUGGGAGCUGCCACUGUGGCUGUUGGUCCCUCCAGAGGUGUCCUGAAACAAUCUGUGGCUUCAACUGCAGCAAAAGGAGGCAACAUUAAACAAACCUCUGGCACAAAAGCAGGUGGGGGCGGGACCACCAGGCGGCACGCAUGGGACCUGAAGGGCAAGGUCAGCGACAUGGAGGAUAAGAUCCGUAACUACCAGACCAAGUUCAAAUCUGUCAACCAGGAGAAUGAUGCUCUGAAAGGCACGAUGAUCCAGAACAAACUGAAAGUGGCUGAAGUGGAGAAAGAGCUUGAGAGGCAGAGGAGCCAGAUCAGUGAGUAUGAGAAGGAGCUGCAGACAUUGUCAGGAGUCCGGGAUGAGUUGGAGAAAGUCUCUCGUGAUAAGAGCACUCUUCAAAUAGAGCUCUCCAAUUUAGAGGGCAAAUACAGGGUCUGUGAGACUGUCCGAGACAGCCAAGCGACAGAGCUGGAAACUCUCAAGAUGAAGCUUUCAGUGCAGGAGUCAACUCUGGCCCGCCUGCAGGUGACCAUUAGAGACAGAGAGGAUAUGGUCAGCUCUCUCAAAGAGACUGUGGCCCUGCAAAAGGACGAGCUUCAUGCUGGUGAGAUGGAGCGCAGGCGGCUCCACAAUACCAUCCAGGAGCUCAAGGGCAACAUCAGAGUCUUUUGCAGAGUGCGCCCACUGGUGGAUGGAGGCCUCAGUAAGCACAUCCAGCUCCCAGCCAGUGACAUCACGACGAUAACACUGGCCAAAACAGAGGAGUCUCACACAGGCAAAACUGCAGAGACUCAGAAGAACUACAACUUCAAUUUUGACCGGGUGUUUGGGCCCAUGGCCUCACAACAGGAGGUCUUCGAAGAGAUCUCGCUGCUGGUGCAGUCAGCUUUGGAUGGUUACAACGUCUGCUGCUUUGCCUAUGGCCAGACAGGAAGUGGAAAAACAUACACCAUGGAGGGAGAUGAAUAUGAGAAGACCAGAGGUGUCAUUCCCAGAGCUGUGCAGCAAAUCUUCAGAGCAGCAGAGAAGUUGGGAGCACAAGGCUGGGAGUUCACCUUCACGGCGAGCUUUGUUGAAAUUUACAAUGAGACCCUGCGAGACCUCCUCUACACCGGGAAGGCCAGCAAGAGGCCUGAGCAUGAGAUCCGAAAGUCGACCAACAAUGAGGUGAAAAUCACCAACCUCACCUACGAAAGUGUCUCCAGUGAGGAUCAGGUUCUCGGCCUGAUUGCGUUGGCCAAUCAGAAUCGCUCCACCGCCCAGACAGCGCAGAACGACCGCUCCUCUCGCUCCCAUUCUGUCUUCCAGCUGGAUAUCGAGGGAGUGAAUGCUGGCAGGGAUGUCAAAUGCAAGUCCACUCUGUGCCUGGUGGACUUGGCUGGCAGUGAACGAAUGAUGAAGAGUCAGUCUCAGGGUGAGCGCUUCAAAGAGAUGACGGCCAUCAACGGCUCCCUGUCCAACCUGGGCAUCGUCAUCAGCGCACUGGCCAACAAGGAGAGCUACGUUCCAUACAGGAACUCCAAGCUCACCUACCUUCUACAGAGCUGCUUGGGUGGAAACAGCAAAACCCUAAUGUUUGUGAACAUCGCCCCAGAGCCAGACAGCUUUGGGGAAACCCUCAAUUCCUUGAGGUUUGCCAGCAAGGUGAACGACUGCGUAAUUGGGACCGCAAGCGCCAACAGGAAAUAGAGCAAAGUGUUUUGCAAAGCUUGACUCAAAUUCUUGCUAUUUUUACCACUAUGGUCACUACAUGAAAUGCUCAGUGUAAUUUUUUCUCAAGCCUUUUACUUACACAUAGCGCUGUCUGGCAGAACGAUUGGUCAAUUGGUAAGAACCAAAAUUAAUAACCUUUUGUAUACUCUCAGGGCCUCGAUUAGUGAUCACUAACACAGGCUUUAAAACUUUUUAUGCUUCUAUGUAAAUCAGGUGGCUGUGUACAUUUGCAUAUUUCUAGUUCUUUUUUUUUGGAAUGCAUAUAGUUGAGACAUUUAAUCUUCAUUGGAUAUAUCAUAUUUUAUGAAAAGAACCCAUAUUAUUCAGUUUUUUCCCCUCAAUUUAAGCAUGCUUCAGUGUGUUAUGUAUAACUUUCACAUUAAUUGCCAAUAAAUGUAGUGCAAUGAAAUUAAUACUGUCAUUUUAGUUUUUCUUGAUUUUCACUGAUGGGUGGUCAUUUUUUUUUUGUCAUUAUGCUAUUUGUGCUCUCAUUCAGUAGUGGGGCUACUUACUGUAGUUUUUCAGUGCUGCCUUAUGUUUAUUUCAAAUGAAGGGUUUCUAAUACUUUAAUAGACAUAAAGCAUAUUAUAGCAGAUCUUGUAAGAUUACUGAAACCUUCUUCCAAAGCAAACUGCAGUGUUUUAUCUUUUUGAAUUCCCUUGUUCUACUUCCCAGGCAAAUGGGUUGAGUGUGAUUCCAUUCUGAUGAGGAAAUAAACUUUUAAAGACUUGUU